AUGGAUUCGUCUAACGUUUUGAGUGACGACGAGUACGACGUUAUCUCCAACCCUGGAUCUAGGUCAUUAGAAUCCAGCAUUGCUGACUUUCACUUCGAAGCCCGUGAACCGCCGGCCUUUCGGGAUGCACAGGAACGAUUCGAAACGACGCGAUGGACUGCUAGUGAAAUUCAGUUAUAUGUUCGAAAAGGACUGGGCUUAUCGGACAGUAUUCAAGCCACUUCUUUUGACAACAAGAGAAUUCGUAUUUACGUGGAUGGCAUCUUCGAUGGCCUGGAUGUCAGUGACGCUCUUAAGUUACGGCAAGCUAAAUUAGCUUUUCCUUCAGUUCACCUUAUGGUUGGAGUCUUUUCAGACCAAGCUCUGCAAAUGCACAACCAUAGCAGCAACAGGCCAGAAAUCGAAAGGGCAGAGCUUGUCAGGCAUUGUCGAUGGAUAGACGAAGUUGUUAAGGAUGCGCCAUGGGAACUCACUCCUAAGUUCUUAACAGACAAAUCCAUUGAUUUUGUUGCUAUCGACGAGGGAACGUCUAUUGACCCAAACUGCGAUAAGGCCCGGGUGUUGGCGUACGACGAACUAAAGAAACAUGGUAAAAUCAUUAGGACGCGAAGGACCCUAGGACUUGCUCCUAAGCAAACCCAGGUUUCGUGUAAUCCUUCUGGUAGGGCAACUCCGACACUGUCGUCGAGUAGGACGGAUGCUCCAGACUUUAUAGGGCAUGUUGACAUUUAUGGGAUAGGGUACUAG